GGCGAGAGAGCCCACAACUGUAACUCUGAUCAACACACGCGAGAGAGAGAGAGAGAGAGAGAGAGAGAGAGAAGGGUUCCACGCACAUAGAAGCGAUCAAUCAAGCUAUAAUGGGUGGCGUCGGCGACACUGCAUCGUCUGUUGUUUCCUACUCCGACGCUCGAAAUUCUCUCUGUGAAUAGGAAUAUGGCAGGGAAGCUCAUGCAUGCGGUUCAGUACAAUUCCUAUGGAGGAGGACCUGCUGGGUUGAAGCAUGUUGAGCUUCCUGUUCCUGCUCCAAAAGAGGAUGAGGUUUUGUUAAAGAUAGAAGCAGUUAGCAUAAACCCAAUCGAUUGGAAACUCCAGAAAGGCAUUGCCCGUCCACUUUUGCCACGAAAAUUUCCUUUCGUACCUUCAGCUACUGAUGUAUCAGGAGAAGUAGUGACGGUUGGAUCUGGAGUUAAGAAUUUUAAAGCUGGUGACAAAGUUGUAUCUAUACUUAGUCCUAUGAGUGGAGGUGGACUAGCUGAAUUCUGUGUGGCUAAAGGUAGUCUGACAGUUCCAAGGCCACCUGAGUUAUCAGCAGUUGAAGCUGCAGGCAUACCUUCCGGCGCUCUCACAGCUCACGUGGCCCUCACCCAAUAUGCAGGAGUCAAGCUCGACGGAACCUGCCCACAGAAAACCAUUCUAGUCACUGCCGCCUCUGGCGGCGUAGGCCACUUUGCUGUUCAACUGGCCAAACUCGGAAACACCCAUGUGACGGCCACUUGUGGAGCUCGUAACUUGGAACUUGUGAAGAGCUUAGGGGCCGAUGAGGUGCUCGAUUACAAAACGCCCGAUGGGGCCGCAUUGAGGAGCCCGGCUAGCCGGAAGUACGAUGCUGUGAUCCAUUGUACCACCGGGAUUCCGUGGUCUAUUUUUGAGCCCAAUUUGAGUGGAAAUGGGAAGGUAAUAGAUUUGACUCCUAGUGUUAGUACCAUGAUGACUUUUGCACUGAAGAAAUUCACCUGCUCUAAGAAGCGGAUUGUGCCACUGCUUUACUCUCCCGAAGGUGAGAAUCUUGAGUAUCUAGUUAAGUUGGUGAAGGAAGGGAAGCUUAAGACGGUUGUCGACUCGAAGUACCCUCUUAGCAAGGCUGAAGAUGCCUGGGCCAAGAGCAUCGACGGUCAUGCUACGGGAAAGAUCAUUGUCGAGCCGUAAAAUAUGUCGUUUGAAAUAGGUUUAGCUAGUUUUGAUGUACCGGAGAGAAAAGUAAUGUGUAUAUGAACCAUAAUGCUUCAUCUUGUGAGGAAGGCUGAAUAUUUUG